AAGCAGCCCGCCCGGGCGAACGCUGUUGCCGCCCUUGGGAGGUGAGCGGACAUGAGCGGGAAUGGCGGGAGCAAGGCCCUGGAGCUGCUGCGGUCGCUGCCUAGGGUCAGUCUGGCCAACCUAAGGCCUAGCCCAGGCUCCAAAAAGCGGGAGAGGCGUCGUGGCCGUGGAAGAUACGGAGGAAGGAAAUGUGGUCGAGGUCACAAAGGACAGAGACAAAGAGGAAAUCGCCCCCGAUUAGGCUUUGAGGGUGGUCAAACUCCAUUUUACUUGGCCAUACCAAAAUAUGGAUUUAACGAGGGACAUAGCCGCAGACGUCAGUAUCAACCGCUCAGUCUUCAGAGGCUGCAGUACCUGAUUGAUUUGGGUAGAGUUGACCCCACGCAACCAAUUGACUUAACACAGCUCACUAAUGCCAGAGGUGUAACAGUACAACCUCUCAAAAGGGAUUAUGGUGUCCAGCUGGUGGAGGAGGGUGCUGAUAUUUUUUCAGCAAAAGUAAAUAUUGAAGUGCAGAGGGCAUCUGAAUUGGCAAUUGCAACCAUAGAAAAAAAUGGAGGUGUGGUAACAACAUCAUUCUAUGAUCCAAGGAGUUUGGAAAUUUUAUGUAAGCCAGUAGUAUUUUUUCUGCGUGGUCAGCCUAUUCCAAAGCGAAUGCUUCCACCCGAAGAUCUAGUCCGUUACUACACAGAUGCCAGAAAUCGUGGGUACCUGGCAGAUCCAUCUAAGGUUGCGGAAGCCAGGCGUGAACUUGCCAAGAAAUAUGGCUAUGUCUUACCAGACAUAACCAAGGAUGAACUCUUCAAAAUGUUGAGCACACGCAAGGAUCCUAGACAGAUAUUUUUUGGUCUUGCUCCAGGAUGGAUCGUAAACAUGGCAGACAAGAAAAUUCUAAAACCAACUGAUGAGAGGCUGUUAAAAUACUACAGCUCAUGAAUUCAGGACUGGAGACAACUGCAGGUGUACAGGAAACAUCUGGGUAUGAACUAAUGGAUACAAAGUGGUGUUUGUUUUUUUUUUAAGACUCCUGUUAUACUAGACAAAACAUAAAUUUUUGUUUAUGUAAUCUUCUGGUGUAGCUCUCAACUUUUUUUAGUGUCAUAAUACAGUGUAUGAAAAGUCUGAACGUUUGGAAACAGAGUAGAGUUUGACAUAACGUGUGUGUUAGGGCA